CAUGAGCAAGAAUGUGCAUUGUAAAACAGAGAACGAGACUACUAACAAUAAACCAGUGUCAGUCCUCAAGGAAGAAGUUGUCUCAAUUUAUAAUGAAAACUUCACUGACAUUCCCAAGGACAGGGAGCCAUAUUAUGUUAAAGUUCAACGAUGUGUCAUCGAUAAAGAUAAAAUUCCUAUAUGUUCAUUAUGUUGGCCCCAACCUAUGACAUUGACAGAAGUCGAGAUUGUCGUUCCUGAUUUAAAAAACUACACAAAGUUUUACAAAUAUGUUGUAUAUAAUCACACUUCUUGUUACCUGGAAAAGAACUUAAUAGCCCUGAAGUUUAAUCUACACAAGAAUCUAUCUUCAAACGAAAUUAACGAAACAGAAUUUACAACAAAAGUAAAAUACAAUCCACCAAACGUGAGAACAUGUAAUGACUAUUGCAAGCAUCCACAACCUCGUUUUAAACUUUACAGUGAAUAUGCAAAGGUUCUUUUAAAUGAUCUCUUUAUCCCAUUCACUCAAUGCUUGCCUGGUUGCAACGCAACAGAGAAAAUAAAGAAUGUCAAAAGAGAAUUCCUCGAUGGUUCAACCCAAAAUGAAGUUGUCAGGAAUCACUUAUCGUGCAAUUUUUGGAAUACAGAAGUCUAUAAAAGUCCACCUUCUAAUAGCACACGCAGUGAUCCAGAAAGUCGACCCCAGGUGCUAAAUAAAGGGUUAUUUGUUUACAUCACAUCACCUAAAUUGAUGUUAGUUGCCUUCAUUCUCUCGACUGUCCUCAUCUCAAUACUCAUUCUGGACUGUAAUCUGUGUCAUCGUAAGAAAGGAAUAAUGUAUUCGAUAAAGAGUUGUGGAAAGAAUGAAGAGUGUAAAGACUGCGUAAGAAGACAGCAGACUAUGAUAGAAAUGGUUUAAGUAUCAGUAGUUUUUGUGUCACAUUUCUGCUAAAAAGGAAGACAUGAAUGAAUAAAGCAUCUGAAACCAGGCCCAUCGGAAGCUGUGGGGUUUGGGCAGGCUGCAACCCCCUUUCAGUAAUUUUCAAAAUUGUUGUGAAAUUUAACAAGCCCCAGCUUUUCCCCAAAUCUUCUAGGAGAAAGUCACAUACCGUAGAGUCUCGAAAUAAUAAGCUGCCCGGGCUAUUUCAAUUUUAAAAAGGUGGCUAAUUUAAUGGUGCGGUUACUUUCAGUGGAAGGAUAUUUCGAGACUCUAAGAUAUUUGAAUUUUCAGACCCCCACUC